AUGCUGAAGUGUAUCCCGCUGUGGCGAUGCAACCGCCACGUCGAAUCGGUGGACAAGCGGCACUGCAACCUGCAGGCGGUUCCCGACGAGGUGUUUCGAUACAGCCGCAGUCUGGAAGAGCUCCUGCUGGAUGCCAACCAACUCAAGGAGCUGCCUAAGCCUUUCUUCAGACUACUGAACCUCCGGAAACUGGGCCUGAGCGACAAUGAGAUCCAGAGACUGCCCCCUGAAGUGGCCAACUUUAUGCAGCUGGUGGAGUUGGACAUAUCCAGAAAUGACAUUCCCGAAAUCCCCGAGAGCAUUAAAUUUUGCCGUGCUUUGGAGAUCGCCGACUUCAGUGGAAACCCCCUUUCCAGAUUGCCGGAAGGUUUCACACAGCUGCGAGCGCUAGCGCACUUGGCGCUCAACGAGGUGUCGUUGCAGACGUUGCCGAGCGACAUCGGAAAUCUUGCUAACCUGGUGACGUUGGAGCUACGGGAGAACUUGCUAAAAUGUUUGCCAACGUCGCUAUCCUUCCUGGUGAAACUGGAACAGCUGGACCUGGGCAGCAACGAACUGGAAGUGUUGCCGGACACACUCGGCGCACUGCCCAAUUUGAGGGAACUUUGGUUGGACCGAAACCAGUUGUCGUCGUUACCACCAGAGCUGGGGAACCUCCGCAGGUUGGUUUGUCUGGACGUGUCCGAGAACCGGCUGGAGGAGCUUCCGUCGGAACUGGACGGCCUACUGGCUCUCACCGACCUGCUGCUCACUCAGAAUCUGCUGGAGGUGGUUCCGGACAGCAUAGGUUGUUUGAAGCAACUUUCCAUCCUCAAGGUGGACCAGAACCGACUGACCCACCUGACCGAUUCCAUUGGAGAGUGUGAAAAUCUGACGGAGCUUAUUUUGACCGAGAACCUCCUCCAGACGCUUCCUCGCUCGCUGGGCAAGCUGAAGAAGCUGACCAACUUGAAUGUGGACCGCAACCGCCUGAGCGCGGCGCCCAAAGAGCUGGGCGGUUGCGCCAGCCUCAACGUGCUCUCGCUGCGUGACAACCGUCUCGGCAAGCUGCCCGCCGAGCUCGCCGACGCCACCGAACUGCACGUACUGGACGUGGCCGGGAACAGAUUACAAAACCUGCCUUUUGCCUUGACAAACCUUAACCUCAAGGCCAUGUGGCUGGCGGAAAACCAGUCGCAACCCAUGCUUAAAUUCCAAACCGAAGAUGACGAACGCACAGGAGAGAAAGUCUUGACUUGCUACCUUUUGCCUCAGCAGCCUUCGCCCAGCCUUGAAAACCUGCUUCAGAACAGCGUGGAUGACAGCUGGACGGACAGCAACCUUAACAGAGUGUCGGUCAUUCAGUUCCAGGAGGAAGCCAAGGAUGAGGACGAGGAUGAUGAAGCCGCCGCUGAGCGCAGGGGUCUCCAACGUCGAGCCACACCUCAUCCCAGCGAGUUGAAAGUGAUGAAAAAGGUGAUCGAAGACAGACGGAAUGAAGCGUUCGGAUCCAGGGAUGGGGACGAUCAGUCCUCCGAUGCGCAGGAGAAACGGCUCAGCGACCUCUCCAAUCAGAGCCACGACUCGCAGGUGUCCGAUAGUACGCUCUCAGCUACCUCCCACGAAGAGAGGCGAGAAGUCUGUGUGCCGUCCCACAGAGAGGACAUCGUGGACGGACACUCCCAUCAUGAGGAGGAGGACUUGGAUGAGAUGGAGGUGGAGUACAUUGAGCCCACCGUUCACUUCGCCGAGGAACCCAUCAUCCGUGGCGGGGAUGAAGACGGUGGCGAUGAAGACGGCGAGAGGAGCGAGGACGAUGACGACGACCGGCCGGCCCUCCCCGCCGAGAAGCAGCGCCUCAUCCGCAAAGACACGCCGCACUACAAGAAGCACUUCAAGAUCACCAAGCUGCCCAAACCAGAGACGGUGGCGGCGCUGCUGCAGGGCUUCGACGCCGACGGCCUGGCCUCGCGCGCGCUGACCGUCGAGGACCGAGCGGACGGGCCGGAGGAGGACCAGAGCGUCGGUACGCCUCGACUGCGGCGGAGGAUGGACUCGUCGGAGUUGGACGAUAGCCGAUAUCACGUCAACUGCAGUCAAGUCAAGGGGGUGUCAUUUGAUCAAGUCAAUAAUCUACUGAUUGAACCUGCUCGAAUUGAGGAGGAAGAGCACACUUUAACCAUCCUGCGGCAAACUGGAGGCCUCGGCAUCAGUAUCGCCGGCGGGAAAGGUUCCACGCCGUACAAAGGCGACGACGAGGGGAUCUUCAUCUCCAGAGUUUCCGAAGAAGGGCCCGCAGCAAGAGCAGGAGUUAAAGUGGGAGAUAAGCUUCUCGAGGUGAACGGCGUAGACCUCCACGAAGCCGAGCACCACACGGCCGUUGAGGCCCUGCGCAGCUCCGGCGCCGCCGUCUCCAUGACGGUGUUGCGCGAACGUAUGGUAGAGCCGGAGAAUGCCAUCACCACCACUCCGCUAAGACCCGAGGAUGAUUACUUCCCGCGAGAGAGGCGAAACAGCAGCGGGUUGGUCUUCGGUGUGGAGGGCGGACAAAGCGUGGGACCGCUGCAACGCCUCUCCACCUGCCUGGUGCGCAACGACAGGGGAUUGGGCUUCAGUAUCGCCGGGGGAAAGGGAUCCACGCCGUACCGUGCUGGGGAUACGGGGAUCUACAUCUCUCGCAUUGCAGAAGGGGGAGCAGCACACCGAGACAGCACGCUACGUAUUGGUGACAGGGUCAUCUCUAUCAAUGGUGUAGACAUGACAGAGGCCAGACAUGACCAGGCAGUAGCGCUCCUUACCGGCACCUCCCCUACUAUCGCCCUCCUGGUGGAGCGGGACCCCAACGCCCCUCGCUCUCCGGGCCCGUCCCGCCAACGGGCCCACUCGCCGCCACCCCCGGAGCCCUCCGAUUCCCCGGACCAGGACGAAGACGGCCUGCAUGGGAACCACCUGGGCCGCUUGGAGGAUGAGUAUCCCAUCGAGGAAGUGACACUGGUCAAAUCCGGCGGCCCCCUCGGCCUGAGCAUCGUGGGGGGCAGCGACCACGCCAGCCACCCUUUCGGCAUCAACGAACCUGGGGUGUUCAUCUCAAAAGUGAUCCCUCACGGUUUGGCGUGUGAAAGCGGCUUGCGGGUUGGUGACCGGAUCCUGGAGGUUAACUCCAUCGAUCUGCGCCACGCCACACAUCAGGAAGCCGUCAGGGCGCUGCUGGCUAAUAAACAGGAGAUCCGAAUGCUAGUGAGGAGGGAUCCCUCGCCGCCUGGAAUGCAGGAAAUUGUGAUCCACAAGCAGCCAGGAGAGAAAUUGGGGAUUAGCAUACGCGGAGGUGCUAAAGGUCAUGCGGGAAAUCCUUUCGACUCGACGGAUGAGGGGAUCUUCAUAUCCAAGGUGAGCUCAAGCGGCGCAGCCGCCCGCGACAGCCGCCUCCAAGUGGGUAUGCGCAUCCUGGAGGUGAACAACCACAGCCUCCUGGGCAUGACGCACACCGAAGCCGUACGAGUUCUGCGCGCCGUGGGCGACUCCCUGGUCAUGCUGGUCUGCGACGGCUUCGACCCGCGCAAAGUCCCCACGGCGGAGGUGUCUCCCGGCAUCAUCGCCAACCCUUUUGCAUCAGGAAUCGUCCGGAAGAACAGUAUGGAGAGCAUUUCUUCUAUAGACAGGGACCUCAGCCCUGAGGAGAUGGAUAUCAUGCAAAAGGAGUCGGAGAUGGUGAGGGAGACGUCGCAGUGGGAGAAGGAAGAGAUGGAAAAAGUGGAGCGAAUGCGCUUGGAGCGAGAGGAGGCAACUCGCCUGCUUGAAGAGGAGACGGAGAACAUGGGCGCCGGACCUUUAAAGCUGGACUACAAAACCCUAGCGGCGCUGCCCACCACCAGCUUGCAGAAAAUCAAUAGGACGCCUUCAUCCGAUUACACCAGAACAGAAAGUCCAAUCAGAGAUGCCUCUUACUCCCCGACCAUUCAACCGCCCAGCCACCACUCUUCCAACAGCUCCCUGUGUUCCGGCAGGGAGACCCGCUUUGCAACCAUUCAUUUCACCUCCACCCCCAACACCAAGGACCACACAUCCUCCUCCACACGACCUGGUGCCAUCCUACCAGUCGGGCGCGUGCGACCGAGCACCUCCCCGGCCACCCCGGAUGGCCUCAGCCCAAGCCCCUUUCAGCAUGGCCCCUCUCCAUUCAACUCUCAGACCUCUCCUCGCGCCCCCUCCCCUACCCCGCCCUACGAGUUCCCAGUGAACGCCAAGCAGGCGUACAAGGCGUUCGCCGCCGUGCCUCGCUCGCUAGGGGCGCCGGAGUCGGAGCAGGACCCGUACAUGGUGAAGAACAAUUUCCAUCCCAAACAGCCUUCUCCUGAGCCCGAAUCAAAUGAUGUGUUUGACGACGGUGCGAGCGGUCAGGAGGGGGCCGGCGAGACUAACCCGGCCCUCUCGUCUGACUGUUGGGAGUACAUGAAUCUGGCCGCAGUGCCUCGGCUAUCCAGGCCGUCUCUUGACACGCAGAGUCCGUCUCCCCGUGGUAAGGACAGCCCUGAGCAGCGCUCCUUCCGCGACCGACAGAAGUACUUUGAAAUCGACGUGAAGCAGCAGACGCCCGAUAAGCCCAAACCUCGAGUCUCGCUAGUCGGCGAGGACGAUCUCAAGAAGAUGAGGGAAGAGGAAGAACGUAAAUUUGAGCAGCGAGCGCGGGAGUACCUGCUGGACGAAGAGGAUGAAGACGAUGAGGAAGACCUGGCCAAGCAUGUAGCGCAGAUGAAGGUGACAGGCAAGGUGCUGCUGGAUGGAGUGGAGUACGACGUGGAGCCUGUUUCCACACCGUCGCGACUGUGUGCCACGCCGCCCAACUACUGUGGGAGUUCAGGGCCUCCAUCAGUGGACGGUAAAGGAGACACGCUGAGGAAUUCGUUAGAUGACAGCUUCCGACUGGAGCAGCGGCCCAAUUCCAUGACUGGUUUGAUCCCCGUCUACCCCGGCGACAACUCGGCCCCCAUUCGCACCGCCAAAGCCGAACGCCGACACCAGGAGCGGCUUCGCAUGCAGAGUCCGGAGCUGGCCGUGGCCCCGGACAAGGAUCUCUCCCCCGCCGAGAAGCGAGCGCUGGAGGCCGAGAAGAGGGCCAUGUGGAGAGCUGCACGGCCUCAAGGCCUGGAGGAUGAUGUUAGGCAGUAUGAACAAGACCUGGCUAAGAGGCUCUACCAGGCUCGAGUGAGGGCGUCACAACCUCCCUCUUCUGCCGCCUCCCAGCUCAGCAUGAAGUCUUUGGAACAGGACGCCCUCAAAGCUCAAAUGGUCAUCGCUAAGUCUCGCGACGGGAAGAAACGCAACACCUUGGACCAGCUAGCCGAGUCACCGUCGCCUGCGCCCACUCCUUCGCCCACCCCGAUGGAAGAACUCAUCAGUCCACGAGGACUAACCUCCCCUGGAAGACUGUCCCUGUCGUCAAAGAGGUUUGACUACCGCCAGUUUGCCGCCAUUCCCUCUUCCAAACCGGUUUACGACAUCCAGAGUCCCGACGCGGCGGACGACGUGCAGUACAUCGACGACAGCUCACAGCAUCCGGGUUCCCCCCACAGCCCAGACCCCGAAGUCCCUGUAUCCACCACCUCGGCCCUAGAAGAGAUGGCGCUUUACAGCAACAAGCGCAAAUUGCGACAAGGGCGCCGCAGCUUGGAGACGGCUGUCCCCACGUAA